GACAAAUUUAUGUUGUGUUUUUAACGCCGGCUGCAGUUGUGGAGGACAUUGUCUUAGAUGCUUUAAAGCCUGUCUCUGAAAACACAAGAGGCGGAGGAUGUCUGUUGCUGCUCUUCGUUUGAUCCGCUGUCGGAGAUUGAGCACAGCUGGGCCGCCUGGUGUGAACAAGGUGCUCCAGUGGACAUAUUUAAGAAAAGUUGCUAAAGUAACUGGUGCAGUUGUCUUUGGGGGCAGUCUUUUUAUUACUUAUGAAGUAGUGGCCUUGGAUAAGGCUGUGUCCAUUGAUACUAGUGCAAUCCUACAGGAGAAAUAUAAGUCUUAUAUCUAUCUGAGAGCCACUCCAUCUGCUGAAAAGGAGAAUCUAACUGCAGGACUCACACACAAAGCAAGGAGGGAACUUCAUAAAGCAGCAAGGCGGUUUCUGGGAGCAUCUUCCAGACUCUUACUGCAUUCACUAGAUGAGCACUUGAGCAAUGUGGAUGCAGACCCACACGAGGUUGCAUUAUGGGUGCUGCUGAAGAAGACACAAUCAGCUCAUAAGGCCAUGAGAUUGCAGGCUGUCCAGGAACUUGCAGACAAUCACCACUGGCAUGAUUAUCAGUACCACACUGCAGCUCAGGUUAUCGACCAGCGGACUGCGGUGGGCCUGGCCCGGACUCCUCAGGUAGACCUGCGGUUCUUCAGACACCCGCCUGCGAUGCCUGACUUGGAAGAUGGUUUGUCAGCAGAGGAUGGUUUACGGCAGCUUUUGGCAUCUCUGCCUCAGUCAGAAGUGGACAAAUGUGUUCAGUACUUCACCUCACUGGCACUCAGAGAGAGCACGCAAUCCAUGGCAGCACAAAGGGGUGGUCUGUGGUGUUUUGGUGGCAAUGGGCUGCCUUAUGCCCAAAGUCUCACUUCUGUUCCUUUAGAGAAGGUGGAGUCCUUCUGUCUGCAAGCACUGGUUCAGCACUCAAAGGUACAGAGCCACUGUGACCACAUAGUUGCAAAUGGAGGUCUGCAGCUCCUUCAGAGGGUAUAUCAGCUCCGUAGAGACUCCUUAAAGAUUCAGAGGAACAUCAUUCGUAUUAUAGGAAACCUGGCACUUAAUGAAGGCAUCCAUCAGGCCAUAGUGCAGUCUGGCUGGCUGUCUGUCCUGGCAGAGAUGAUGCAGUCUCCUCAUGUCAUGCAGGCGUCUCAUGCAGCUCGCGCUCUGGCCAACCUGGACAGGGAGACAGUGACAGAGAAAUACCAAGAUGGCGUCUACAUCCUCCACCCACAAACACGUAGCAACCAACCAAUCAAAGCAGAUGUGCUGUUCAUCCAUGGGAUUCUAGGGGCAGCUUUUAAGACUUGGAGGCAGAAAGAUCGCAAUACAUUAGAGGAAGAGAGAGAAGCUGAAAAUGACGAUGACUAUACAGAGUGCUGGCCAAAGUCGUGGUUGGCAGCUGACUGUCCAAAUCUGAGAAUACUAUCGGUGGAGUAUGACAGUCAUCUUAGUGACUGGAUGGCCAAGUGUCCCGCAGAGAAUCAGAGGAAGUCAUUGGCUUACAGAAGUCAAAAGCUUUUAAAGAAGUUAAAGCUGGCAGGAGUUGGAGAACGACCUGUAGUCUGGGUAGCCCACAGUCUUGGAGGAUUGCUUGUGAAGAAAAUGCUGUUGGAUGCAUCUGAAGACCCCGAUAUGCAGAGGUUAUUAAAGAAUACUAAGGGCAUUAUGUUCUAUAGUGUUCCUCACCAUGGCACCUUCAUGGCAGAGUACUCGGUCAACGUUCGAUAUCUCCUCUUUCCCUCUAUAGAAGUCCGAGAACUUUGUAAAGACUCACCAGCUCUGCGCAACCUGAACGAGAGCUUUCUCAACAUUGCCAAAGAAAAUGAAUUCAAGGUGCUAAGCUUUGCAGAGACGCUGCCUACAAACAUUGGUCCAAUGAUCAAGAUACUUGUGGUACCAACUCAGUCAGCGGACCUUGGCAUUGGUGAGCUCAUUGAAGUGGAUGUAGAUCAUCUCAACAUCUGCAAGCCAGAGAAGAAGGAUUCGUUUCUGUACAACCGCAGCCUCCAAUUUAUCCAGGAAGCACUGCAAACCUACAUCAGCCAAUGAUUGAAAUAUACAAGUACAAAAACAAUUAUACAACCUACUGCAUACUUGAUAUGAGGGACACUGCUAACAAGUCCUACCACCAAACCCAAAAGAACACAUAACCGCCUCUCCUCCUCGUUGCACAUUUACACAAAGAACCACUGAUGUGUGAUGUAAACGAUCAUAAAAUAAUUAGUUUUUUUUUUUUUUUAUGUGAAAAGUGUUCAUCUGUGAUAGUAAAACUGGGGGGACUGUAAUUUUUACUCAUCCAUUUAGAUCGGUCAACUUAGGUCAACAAUACUUAAAUCAUGUUAUAAUGAUUGUUUUACAGGACUUAAUCACCAUGUUUACAUGCAAGUUCAGAUAAUAAGAAGCUUUAGUUUUUAACUCCUUUUCAUUUAAGACUUUGCAGCCUAACACAGAACACAUUUAUAUUUUACAUUUAUGUGGAGAUGAGCUGACAUUUCAUUUCCAAUAAUGUUCAUGAAUACUUGGGAGAAGAUUAAUGAUUUAAAAUGUUAUUUUUAUAUUUAUUAUUUUACUCAGACCACUGUAUAAUGCUCGCAGUUUGUGCCUAAAUGUAUUCCUUCCUAUGCCUUACAUUGUAUGAAUCUGGAUUAAUUAUUAGUUCUAAUCACUAUUUAUUUUAAGAGUCUAAUCAAGCAAUUGAACUUUGAUUAGCUUGUGUUUAUGAGCCCAACUGCCAACAAUAAUGCACAUCGCUGGCAAUAAAUUGCAUAAAUGUGA